CUCGUAACAAUGCUCUUUCUAUUGGAGACAAUGCCCCUGGCUGUUGCCGCCCUGCUUUGGCGAGCCCUUGGGCAUUGAAACAAUAAGUUCUCACUGAGAUAUCUCCAUGAUUUCUUUGACUAUCAUCGAAGAUGGUGUCUUUGUUGACCGCCGCAUUACCAGCCAUGCUAUUUUGGUGACCACCAACUGACGCUAAAUGAACAAUCACUUCUACAGAGUAACAGGACUCACACUUCGUCCAAAUUCAAUUCCGAGUGCCUGAAUCCAGUCAGAAUCGAUUACCCAACGGACGACCUAUUGUCAAUAUCUGAGUAACAAGACCAUCUAAAUACCUUCAUACUCCUAGCCUACCAUGGCAGCGAUCCACCAGACCAUAGCGAUCGUGGACAAGUCGAACAAAGUUGUCAGUACGACAAAACAAUUGAAGAACGUGUUCAAAGAGGCGAAACUAGCCUAUCUUGAACGAAAAGCCGAAAUUGUGGCAGACCGUAGAGCCAGGGAAGACAGAGAAUUGAGAAAGGCUCUAAAGGCGGUGACUUUGGCUGAGGAGGAGGAGAGAUCAGAAACAUCCCACAGGUCCAGGAGAAAGCAUAGUCACAAGAAAGAGCACGAUGCAGAGCGACGUCGGCCAUCAGUACGAGAACACCAUCACUCCUCGGGAUCGACAAGACGGAAGGGCCAUGCAGAGAACGGUCUUCCGCCCAUUGAGCAUGCGGCCCCGGUCGAGACCUAUCCCGCCCCGGUUGGUCUCGCUCAGUUCAACGAGGAGCUCUAUGGUCAACAUCGUUCCGCUCCUAUUUCUCCUGUAUACCCUCCCGAAGGACAUGGGCUUCUACGUCGGACAACCGAUCUUCCACUCGAGCAUCCUCGUUCCCAUCGUCCUCCCCCCGUGAGGUCACAUUCCACUUCCGAAGUUGAUGAUCACAUUGACAUGGACCUGGCGUAUGGCGAGUUUCAUCCAGAGUCACUCAUGUUAGACCCCAAGGUCGAACAGACGCUACAAAAACAAGAAAUGUCCAGUCUGGUCACAAAAUGCAAGAUUUUGCUCGACGAAGCCAAUUGCGCCCAACACAGUGUCAGAGCAAUUGUGACUCAUCUCCAGAAGAAUCCCGAUGCUAUGGCAGCCGUUGCAUUGACACUGGCCGAGAUCAGUAAUCUAGCCACGAAGAUGGCCCCAGGAGCGCUGGCAGCCUUCAAGACCGGUGCCCCAACCGUGUUUGCUAUGCUCGCUGCCCCCGAAUUCCUCAUCGCGGUAGGCGUAGGUGUGGGCAUCACCAUUGUGAUGUUCGGUGGCUACAAGAUCAUCAAAAAGAUCCGAGCAAAGGUUAGUGACAAGGAGGAGGUCGCGGAUGAAAUGAUCGAUGUCCAUGAACUUGAUCGGAUCGAGCACUGGCGACGUGGUAUCGCAGAUGCCGAAACUGCCAGUGUUGCUACCAGUGUUGAGGGCGAAUUCAUUACACCUUUGGCAGCUCGCUCAAUGGGACAUCUGCCGAUGCCCAGGGAUCCGAGCCGUGACCGCCAGAGCGAGAAGCCUCGAGAUGAAAGGCGGAAGAAGAAACAUCGACAUAUUGAUGAUGACCCGGAUCGAACGGUGGUCGGGAGUGAAAGCUCCAAAUCGCGGAAAAGCAAAUCGGACAGGCGAGAAAGAAGUCUUGUCAAAGUCAAAAAGCCCAGUCCAUUGCGUCGAAUAUUCAGCAGCAAAGAUACGGACACUUCGUCGAGGAGGUGACGGUGGAAUUUGGAGUUCAUGGUUACCCCUUUCAUAACGAAUUAGAUGAGUACACUUUCUCAUAUUGGAGCAUGGCGUUACGGUACAUAUGGGACAUAUUUAAUUACAAGUAUAUGAUGCAUGAUAUAAUGAGAUACGAAACUCUAUGGUCCAC